AUGCCUAUUCUCUCCAGAGGCAGUGACCAAGACUAUAGCAACAUUAGCUACAACUCCUGCAAUUCCUUGAGCCACUUGUUUCCCAUCUGCGUGGAAACCCCUUCUGUCAAGGGGGUCCAUUACCAGAGGGCCAGGAGGAUUUACCACCCUGACCAAGUGUCUGCAGUCGAUCUGAAGACAGAGAUCAUGAUCAACGUUGGGGGCAUCAAGUACCUGCUGCCUUGGAGUACUUUGGACGAGUUUCCCCUGACCAGACUGAGCAAACUGAAGCUUUGCAGCAGCUAUGAGGAAAUCAUCCAGCUGUGCGACGAUUACGACGAGGACACCCACGAGUUCUUCUUUGACAGGAACCCCAACGCUUUCGGGAUGAUCGUCAGCUUCCUCGCAGCAGGGAAGCUGAUGCUCUUGAGAGACAUGUGUGCCUUGUCUUUCCAGGAGGAGCUGAGGUACUGGGGCAUUGAGGAGUCCAACCUGGAGAACUGCUGCUUUCGGAAACUCUUCCAGAAGCUGCAGGAGCUGGCCGAGAUCCGCAAAGAAGAGGAGCUCCGGAGGAGCAAGGAGGCUUCGUGCGUCUUGGAUGAGAAAACCAGAUUUGGGCAGUUCAUGAACAGACUCAGAGACAUGGUGGAAAAUCCCCAGUCAGGACUGCCAGGCAAAGUCUUUGCUUGUCUCUCCAUCCUCUUUGUGGCCACCACAGCUGUCAGCCUUUGUGUGAGCACAAUGCCAGACUUAAGAGCUGAAGAAGACAGGGGUGAGUGUUCCCAGAAGUGCUAUUACAUCUUCGUCAUCGAGACCAUCUGCGUGGCUUGGUUCUCCCUGGAGUUCUGCCUCCGCUUCAUCCAGGCCAGGAGCAAGUGUCAGUUCUUCAAAGGACCCCUGAACAUCAUCGACUUCUUGGCCAUUUCCCCUUACUACGCCUCCCUCAUCUUCUCCGAGGACGACUCCAGCGAGGAGGAGGACAGGCCGAGCAGCAACACGUACCUGGAGAAGGUGGGCUUGGUGCUACGGGUUUUACGUGCCUUGAGGAUCCUGUACGUCAUGCGCCUUGCCCGCCACUCGCUGGGCCUGCAGACCCUGGGCCUCACCGUGCGCAAGUGCACGCGGGAGUUCGGGCUGCUGCUGCUCUUCCUGUGCGUGGCCGUCACCCUCUUCUCCCCCCUGGUGUACCUGGCUGAGAACGAGUCGGGCAGAGUGCUGGAAUUCACCAGCAUCCCCGCCUCCUACUGGUGGGCCAUCAUCUCCAUGACCACCGUGGGCUACGGGGACAUGGUGCCGCGGAGCGUGCCGGGCCAGAUGGUGGCUCUGAGCAGCAUCCUCAGCGGGAUCCUCAUCAUGUCCUUCCCCGCCACCUCGAUAUUCCACACCUUCUCCCACUCCUACUCCGAGCUGCGCAAGGAGCACGAGCGGAUGCAGUCGCGGCUGAGCCGAGCCAAGAGCGCCAACCACGCCGGGGAAAGCGACACCUUCAACGAGACGGACAGCCUGAUCCUGGAGGGGCAGGCCUCCCCCAUCAAAUACAUCUACACGGGGAACUGA